UGCUUUAGUUGCCCCUAACCCUCUACAUCAACAAAACCCUGCUGACCAUUGUUACGAAGCUACAUCUCGGGAAUUGAAGAGUAAACAGCCAGAGAUGUCUGGUGCUAAUUGUGUAGCAUCCAUCAUACCAUGGUCACAAGUUUGCCGCAUGCUUGACAAGGUCCAGUCUGCUGUGCGAGCCUCCAAGAGGGAGAUGCUGCUAAGAUUUAUUACUCAUUUCCGAGAGCUUCUUCAGAAGAAGCGGCAGCAGGAACCAAAUACACCGGAUAGCUUCUUCCCUGUAUUGCGAAUAUUGCUUCCAGCACUGGACCGAUCAAGAGGGGCUUAUGGUGUGAAAGAACGGAAGCUGGCAGAGUUAUAUAUCCGUAUACUUGGUCUGAAGAAGGAUGGCAAUGAUGCUCAGAAAUUAUUGCAUUUUCGAAAGCCCAAGUCAACAUCUGGAGGUGAAUCUGGAGAUUUUGCAGAGGUAGCAUACUAUGUUUUGAAGAACCGUUGUCCUGCUGAGGGAAAAAUGACCUUGCAUGAUGUUGACAUACAAUUGACAUCAAUUGCAGAAAACUAUGCUGCUAAGAACCAUGAUGACGUUGAGCGCUCACUUCUGACAAUGCUACGUAAUAUGACGGCUACAGAACAGAAGUGGCUGAUACGUGUUCUACUAAAGGAUAUGAGGCUUGGCAUUGGUCAGGGUGCUAUCUUUAAUGCCUGGCACCCAGAUGCAAAGGAUUUUUAUGAUGUUAAUAACAACCUUGAAAAGGUUUGUAAAACUCUGCAAGAUCCCAGGGUAAGGCUCCAUGAAAUUGACGUUUCCCUAUUAUCUGCUUUCCGUCCAAUGCUUGCAGAACGGGCAGUCCUAGAGAAAGUGGAGGUCCAAAUGGCUCACAAGACAUUUUAUGCAGAAACUAAAUAUGAUGGGGAAAGGUCACAAAUCCAUAAAAAGGGAAAUAUUUACAAAUAUUUUUCAAGAAAUGGUUUUGAUUUUACAAAUAAUUUUGGUGGUGAUAGGGACUGUGGUCUUUUCACACCACACCUCCAUCCAUUGUUUCCUGCUCAUGUGAAGGAAGUCAUACUAGAUGGAGAGAUGGUGGGCUGGAGCAAAAUACACAACAGAAUUGUUAGCAAAGGUGAACACAUGGAUGUGAAGAACUUGCGAGAGGAAGGCGAUUGGCAAGUCUGUUUUUGUGUCUUUGACAUUAUUUAUCUGAAUAAUCAGGUAUUGACUAAUCUGCCACUUUCUGAACGUCUGGAGAAACUUAAAACAGUAAUCAACCCCUUGGAGGGCCGAGUUAUCUUCUCUGCAAAAACCCCUGUUAAAUCCAAAGAAGAUGUGGUUAAAGUUUUGAAUGAAGCCAUAGACAACAGAGAAGAGGGCAUUGUGUUGAAAGAUCCAGACUCUGUGUAUCGACCAGCAUCACGCAAAGCUGGAUGGAUUAAAGUCAAGCCUGAGUAUGUUGACUCCCUUGUGUCAGAGCUCGACUUGCUUAUCAUUGGAGGCUACUAUGGCAAGGGACGACACCAAGGAGUGCUCUCACAUUUUCUACUCGGAGUUGCUGUCUCAAAUGAAGAGCCUGGUGGGAAGCCGUGUGAAUUCCAUUCUUUUUGCCGCAUUGGAUCAGGCUACACAGCCUCAGAGCUUAGUGAUUUAGUGGACAAACUUAGUCCCCAUACCAGAGUUAGCCAACCUCGAAAUGUUCUUGUAUCCAGAGAAAAGCCCGAUGUAUGGAUUGAUCCUGUCAAGUCUUACGUUGUACAGGUGAGAGCUGCAGAAAUUGUGAAGAGUGAGUUGUACAAAACAGAAGUGACUUUAAGGUUUCCAAGAGUUGACAAAGUACGUUACGACAAGCCUUGGUAUGACACACUCACCACAACAGAGUUAGACCAACUUUUAAAGAUAGCUAGUGGAAAAUUGGCCACAAAACACUAUACCGAGGGUGGUGAGGAGCCAUUAGCCAAGCGUAAAAGCCCAAACAAAAUAGAGCAACCCUCAUUGCCCUUGCAUUUCAGACCCGCAGAUCUAUCAAAAGUGGUAAAGAAAGAUGAAAUAUUUUCUGGAUUGGAGAUGUGUGUGAUGGGGGAUAGUCAGGAAUACACGAAGCAGCAACUAGAGACAUUAAUAGUUGAACAUGGAGGCUCCUUCACACAACACCCAGGACAGAACACACACUGCAUCAUUACAAAUACCAUGCCUGUUCGUGUGAAGAACUAUAUUCACUCGGGUAAACACAACAUUGUUCGACCUUCAUGGAUUGAGGCAUGUUCUAAGAACGGUCGUUUGCUACCUUGGGGUCCCUUGGAUGUUAUACAUGUUAGGGAGAAUGAAAAGGAGCAAAUGAAAGAUCUGUUUGAUGAGUUUGGAGAUAGCUACACUGAACCAGCAGAUGGGAAGAGCAUUAAAAGAAUUAUGGACAAUAUGAAGAAAGAGUCAUGGAGAUCCCCAUCAGUAGAUGAGAUGUGUGAACUGGAUGAAAAACUUUGUGAACCAGAUGAUACUCGAGCUCUCUUCAGGCGCAUUUCAGCUUUCUUUGACAAUUAUGAAGACCAGGAGCUUGCAGCGCUGUCCCUGCGCCUUCAUGGUGGGUCAAUCACUACUACUCUUAGCACUGCCACUCAUGUGGUGACACAGAGUGAGAGCAACCAUCGUCCAAGUGAGAUGCACAGACAGCACUUGGUGACUUCAGACUGGAUUUAUGCAUGCAUUGAGAAAGGCAAGCUAGAGGAGGAAAGAUACUUCAUGCCUAAGAUGGUUGAACUCUAAUCUUACAUGCAUUUUUAAGAGGAAUUUUAUUCUUUUAAAAUUAUAUAAUGAUUCUUCAAUAUGUAUUGUUAGAGUUUACAAGCAUUUGUUAUUUUGAUUUCAUAUGCAUUAUUAUACACAAAUUUUGCUGGCAGAUAUAUAAAACAGUUAAGAAGGAAAAUCCCUCAGAUUGAACAUUGCUAAUGUAAGGUACGGGAUUGAAAGCCGUACCCUAGAGUAUCGCUAACAACACCCGCUCUUACUGUCUUAUAAAUAAUGGGAGUGCAGGUGUCUAUAUAGCAAUAAUAAACAGUUCUAACUACAUGGGACUAGAAAUACACCUUGAAGGUACAAUUUUACAAAAGGUUUUGUAUUUAACAAUACCAGAUUAUCUCACUCUGAUUAGAACAGGAAAGGGGGGGAGGAGAGUACUUUGACCCACCCCAGGAUUGAUACAAACAAAGGGGGGAGGAGGUUCCUUCCCACCA